UUCGAUUUUCACCCAGCAAUCCUUCCCUCGGUCAAGCCAACCUAAAAGACCUCGGCCAUAGUAUACAUUCUCGAUCCCAAAUUUCUUCAUUUGCAGUACUUAUUCGGUUAUUCCUAAACCCCGAACUCUCUUCAAAAAACCCCUUUUCUGUCUCUCUUCCAUCUCUCCUCCUCAACAGAAACCUUCAAAAUGGAAUAUUUUCUUAUACGAAGAUCAAGUUUACGAUCUGGAAUCAUCCGUCAAAACCCUAAACUCAUUGCUUUCCUCUUCUCUUCAAAACCUUCUUCCCAAAACACUAACAAUAUCCCAUCCAGCCAUCAUAAAACAAGCCAUUCAAGCUUCCAAGAUUCCAUGUUUGGUUCUAGAAAUCUGAAUAUCCAGUUAAAUCAUUCUGGGUAUCCAUCAAUUUUGUGUAAUACUGCUAUAUUAUCAACUGGGUAUGAUCAUGGAAUUGGGUUUGCAAAUGGGGUUCGGUUUUAUGGUUCCCAAGCUGCAGAACUUUGUACUUCUGAUGGACUAACUGUGGAAAGAAUUGUUGCAAAUGGAUGGCCAAUACUUGAUGAGAGUGAAAGUGAUUGGAGAAGUCAUGCUUCUGCUAUUGCUCAGUCAAUUCAUCUUAUUAAAAAACGUUUGAAGUGGAAAACACUGCUGGUGCGCUUGGAUAUGUUGUCCGCUGAGCUGAAUAAACCAAAUCUGUGGGAUGAUCCUGGACACGCAGGGAAGAUAAGUCGUGAGCAUGGUUCACUUAUGGGAAAAGUAAAAGAGGUAAUGGAGUUUGAGCAGGAGUUGAUGGAGCAUAUUGAUAUGCUAAAGCUUGCUCGAGAAGAGAAUGAUUCAGAGUUGGAAUCGGAAACAAUGAAUGCUUUACUUAAUAUGAGAAAAGAUUCAAAGGAGAAAGAGCUGGAAGCUAUGUUAGCCGGUGAACAUGAUCCAUGCUCUUGCUUCAUUGAGGUUCAAGCUGGAGCUGGUGGCACAGAGAGUAUGGAUUGGGCUUCUAUGGUAAUGGCAAUGUACAAAUCUUGGGCUCAACGACGUGGAUAUCGAGUUAGUGUUGUAGAUGAAAUGUCUGGUGAAGUUGCAGGGAUCAAGCGGGCUACAAUCAAGGUAGAUGGUGAAUAUGCAUAUGGAUAUGCAAAAGCGGAAAUUGGGGUACACCGAUUAGUUCGUAUUUCACCAUUUGAUAGUGCAAAGCGUAGACAUACAUCAUUUGCUGCUGUAGCCGUUAUUCCAAUUCUUAAAGAUGUAUCUACACGUGUGCAAAUUAAGGAGUCAGAUCUUCGCAUUGAUCGGUAUCGUUCUGGGGGAGCUGGUGGUCAGUCUGUUAACACCACGGACAGCGCAGUAAGGAUAACUCAUAUCCCUACUGGCAUUACCGCUACUUGUCAAAAUGAAAGAUCACAACAUCAAAACAAGGCUUCAGCAAUGGCAGUUCUCCAAUCUCGAUUAGAUCAGCUUGAGAUGUCUCGCCAGGCUCAAAUGAAUGCUCAGCAUACGGAAUCCCUUAUGGAGAUCAGCUGGGGAAACCAGAUUAGAACAUAUGUUCUUCAUCCCUACCGAAUGGUGAAGGAUCUUCGUACAAAUUAUGAGGUUUCAGAUCCCGAUUCUGUCCUCGAUGGUGACCUUGAUGGAUUUAUACUGAGUUUUUUGUCUCUUUCUUUAGACAAAUGUGAAGAUAAUUUGUGAUAUAAACCACUUGUUGGCAUGCCUGACAAUUAUAUGCUGGUUCAAACCCCAGAAUUGUACCUCCCAUUUUCGUUGAAGGAUUCCUAAUUGUUUUUCUUUAUUUUGUCUUAUGAACAUUAUCUCAGACAUAAAUAUACCAAAAUAGAUUCAUUUUUUGA